AUGGUUCAUUUAGAAAACGUCUUUUUAAAGAAUGUAUUAUUGUAUUUACCAACGUUAAAAGAUGUUGGGAGAUUUGCACAAGUAUGCAAAUCAUGUGAAGAAGCAAUCAACACGAUUUAUGUUAAUCCAUAUGAAUUAACAAUCCAUCAUUCAUUUGAUGAAAUUAUUCCAUUAUUUCCUAAUUUACAAACAUUUUAUGUUAGAAGAUGUCCAGAAAGAUUAUACAAAAUAUCAGCAAAUGAUAUUCCACUAAUCGAAAUAGGAGGAUGGAAUGAAACAGCAAAACAAACAAAAAUGUUUGAUACAAAAUGGUUUUGUUCAAAAAUAAGAAAAUUACGAAUGGAGGGAUACUAUUGUAAAAAAGUAAUAGAAAAACAUCCAGAAUAUUUUACACAAUUACAAGAAUUAGUUAUUUUGAAUUCCAAUGAUUUGAAUCUAAUAAGAAAAAUGAUUGAAUUACCAACAUUAAAAAAAGUAAUUAUUCUUUGUACCAACAAUGAAUUUCAAGAACUUUCAAAAAUGGUUGAUUUUAAUAAAUACAAACAAAUCAAUUUCAUUAUUAUUUUAAAUGAACAUGGGUUUAUCUUUAGUCAAUGUUUCGACCAAAUAGAUUAUAAUCAAUUUGUUAAUUGUAGGUUUUACACUAGAGUACUUAAUAAAUCAACAAUA